AUGAGUCCGCAACCGACUGGUACACAAUUCACUCCCUCAUCAUUCAAAGGGGCUUCAAAAAGACCUCGUUUCGAUGAUGAAGAUGACAAAAGUGACAGCGAACACUCUGGUGAAGCAAUGGAAGAUUCGGAUGAGGAGGAAGAUUCAGAUCUUACUCACGAAGAUAUCCUCGAACGCAAAAAGAUGAAGGCUGCAAGACUGAAAGUAAUGACUCAUACCAGACAUUGUAACGAAGGAAUUGGGAAAGUAGCUGCACAACACGAGACUCCGAAGGCAGCGACACCACUUGCGAGAGCUAUCCACGAGUACAUUCGCCUGCUCAUGGGGAUUCCACGUAAAUCAAGGAAUCAAUCAGCUUUGGAAAACGCUGGAGUACCAAAACUUCCGAAUCCUCCAUCAGACGAAGAACGCCAAAAUUGGGAAACUCGGAAACAGAGGCGGGAGACAUUCAUUCGAGCAGCUCAGGACAAAGCAAUGCGUAAAUACGUGGAAAGGAAAGGGCCUGGUUUCAAACCAAACCGGAAGCAAAGGAAAACAGUCGAGAAGGAUGCCGCCGAAAUGGCGACUCUGAAAACCCCCAUGCAACCGGUCAUUUUCACAUCUCGCAUGUCGUCUGGUGGUCGAACAAGAUACGCUCAUCAUUUCGGAACCCAGUGCGAAGCCAGCUUAGCUAUGGCAGGCUUUCCAAGGUGCACUUUUGACUGGCAGGCAUCAUAUGAUACUCCUUGGAACUCGGCCAUGUCAUCUAUUAUAUUAUCUCACUGGGUCAAGACUUACGAUGCGAACGGAGCCAGGGCUUUUGGUAUUCUUGUUUCAGACAACACUGCUGCCAAUCGCGAAGAAAUACUUCGCCGUUGGGUUAUCAAUAAGUGCAGCAAAUUUGCAGAGCAAAAUCGGCAACUCGAGCUAUUCAAGACCGAUGAAGGCAAGAAGAUACUCAAUGACCAUAUUGAGAUAGUAAAACGCACCACAAGAAAGAGGUUGAACAAAGCUAAGAUCGUGGAGGCCAGGUUGACUCAAGCAGUCAGACUGUUCGGCCAAAAUUCACUGGAAGCUAGGAUGUUGGAUCAUCCCGAGGUUCACUCAGAUGAAGAGCUUGUAACAUCCAACGGAUACGCUACGCGACAAAAGUUGAGGCUCAAAUGGAGGAGCCCUGAGUUAGACACUCUAAUCAAUUUAUUGGACCAAGUUCAUCAGAAACGACAAUUACUACCAAGAGAAAAAAGAAAAGCAAAACAGUUGGUCGACAGGGGCGUCUACGCACCUGAAUCUGAUCAAGAUAAAUAUCCUCCAAAGGGAUUUCAACUCUCGCUGGUUUCUCCGAGCUGGUAUGAACAGCAGGAAGGUCUGGUAAUAGCAGAGUUACAACUUGAUGAAUCGAACCGCCUUGAUAUCAGGACAUCCAUUGAGGAAGUCCAGGACUCUUUCAAAUCAUUGGCAAGCCGCGCUGCCGAAGAGGCAGCGGCUAAUGGGUCAAACUCGAUGGUAACAGGGAAAUAG